AUGGCUUCUUCUUCUCUUUCUUUAAAACACGAUGUGUUUCUCAGUUUCAGAGGUGAGGACACACGCAACACAUUCGUUGGCUAUCUUUAUGCAGCUUUAUCGGCAAACCAAAUCUUAACUUUCAUGGAUCACGAGCUUGAGAGAGGGGAUGAAAUUUCACCAACACUAAGCAGAGCCAUUAAAGAAUCCAAGAUUUCGGUGAUCAUCUUCUCGGAAAACUAUGCUUCAUCCACAUGGUGUUUGGAUGAACUUGUGCAUAUACUUGAAUACAAGAAAACAAGAGGGCAGAUUGUUAUUCCAAUCUUUUACGGCAUAGAUCCAUCUGUUGUACGAAAACAGGAGGGGAGUUACAAAGUUGCAUUCGAUUCACAUGAAAAAAGUUUCAGGGAUAGAAUGGAGAAGGUGAAUCAAUGGAAAGCUGCUUUAACAGAAGCAUCCAAUCUAUGUGGAUUGGAUUCAAAGGAUUUCAGGCCUGAAAACAGGUUAGUUCAAAAAAUUGUUGAAGACAUUUCAUUAAAAUUGCCUAAAUAUCUAUUAUUGGAUGAGCAUAUCAAGGGACACCUUAUUGGAAUUGAAAAGCAUAUCAAAGAAAUUGAAUGGCUGUUAUCCAAUGGCACAAAAGCUGUUCGCAUCAUAGGUUGUUGCUUUCUUUGGAAUGUUAGAGAAGAAUAUGCAAGAUUUGGAUUGCAUCAUUUGAGAAGGAAACUUUUAUCUAAUUUAUUAAAUGUUGAAGCUAAUGUAAAGAUGGAUACCUUAGAUGUGACAUCACCUUUUAACCUUGACAGACUUCGACGUAAGAAGGUACUGAUUGUUUUGGAUGAUGUGGAUAGUUCAAUCCAAUUGGAUGCUUUGGUGGAAGGAUAUCGCCAACUUGCUUGUGGAAGUAGAAUCGUUGUUUCAACUAGAAAUAAGCAAGUGCUUAUGAAAGAAGCAGACUAUAUUUACAAGCUUGAGAGGUUAAAUCCCAUUGAAUCUCUUAAGCUCUUCCAUUUGCAUGCUUUUGGUAAAAAUUCUACAGCAGUGGAUGACAAAAUGGUGUUGGAAGUGACAAAUUAUGCAAAUGGCAAUCCAUUAGCUCUGAAGGUCUUGGGUUCUUUCCUUUGCUCUAGAAGUAAAAAUGAUUGGGAAAGUGCAUUGAAGAAGCUGAAAAGAUUUCCAAACCUGGAAAUUCAAGAUGUGUUGAGAAUUAGUUAUGAAGGACUAGAUGAUAAGAGGAUUAAGGAUACAUUUCUUGACGUUGCUUGCUUAUUUGAUUCAUCUUUUACAAGAGACCAUGCAGAAAGCAUAUUAGAUGAUGGUAACUCAUCUAUAAAAAUAGAAAUAAGUGUUCUCAUUGAGAAGUGUUUAAUUGAAGAUAUUGGAAGUCACAUGUACAGGAACGAUGAGCUAUUAUGGAUGCACGAUUUGCUGCGCCAAAUGGGUCGGGCAAUUGUACGUGAUGAAGAUAGAGAACCUGGUAAUCGUAGUAGGUUGUGUGAUGCUAUGGAAAUCGGCGAGGUAUUGGAAAAUAGUACAGGGACCAAAGCAGUUGAAAUCAUAUCAUUCAACAUGUUUGAAAUUAAAAAAAAUGUGAAAGUGUGUCAUGAAGCCUUCUCAAAUAUGCGCAACCUACGAAUUCUCAAAGUUUAUUGUAGGGAUGAUGCUUAUGUUGGUAACAAGUUCAAACUGUCUAUUCCUCAAGACCUUGAUUCUUAUCUUUCUAAUAAGCUAAGGUCUUUUCAAUGGGACUUUUACCCUUUGAAAUCGUUGCCAUCAAACUUUAUUCCUGAGAAUCUUGUUGAACUUGUACUUCAUUGCAGCCAUGUUGAAAAGCUCUGGAAUAGUCGUAAAGUUCAGUAUCUUCCGGUCCUAAGAAGGAUUGAUCUUAGUUGUUCCAAGUUCCUUAGUCAACUACCAGAUUUGUCGCAGGCUCCAAAUUUGGAGAGUAUAGAUCUUGAAGGCUGUACAAGCUUGGUUCAGGUUCUUUUAUCUCUUCAAAAUCUUGACAAGCUUACUUAUCUAAAUUUGAAUGGCUGCUCCAAACUCAGAGAUUUUCAAGAUAUAUCAAAGAGAACAGAGGGGUGUUUGGAUGUUGUUAGGUUUGGAGGCAUUAAGAAUGUUUUGAAUAAUUUCACAUAUCUCAAAAGUUGCAUCCAAAGUUUUACAGGCAAUUUAUUUCUCUACUCAUCUCAGGUUCACAUUUCUCAAAAGUUUGCACCCAAUUUAAGAUAUUUAAUUUUGAGUGGGACAGCAAUAGAAACAGUGCCCCCAUCACUUGGGUAUCUCCCGGGUCUUGUUGAAUUGGAUAUGGAGCAUUGUAAAAGACUGAGAAGUCUUCCAACAAGCAUUUGUCAUUUGAAAUCUCUUGAGACACUGUACCUGUGUGGUUGUGAGAAACUGAAAACGUUUCCAGAAAUCUUGGAGCCUAUGGAACACUUGACAGAACUUUGGUUAGAUUAUUCGGGCAUUAAAGGGUUGCCAGAGUCAAUUGAAAAUAUAGUUUCACUUAGAAAAUUAUAUAUACAACAUUGCAAGGACUUUGAGUUUCUCCCCGACAACCUAUGUAAAUUAAGGAAUCUUGAGAGGAUAUGGCUCGACAACUGUUCAAAAUUUCAAAACUUGCCUUCUCUUCCAUCGUCUUUGCUCGAAUUGUCGUUGCUCUAUUGUGAGAGAUUGAAAUCUUUACCAGAGAUUCCAUCACAGUGUUUGAGUUUGAAAGCAAGAGGCUGCACGUCACUGGAGAACAUUUCAACUUUGAGGGCUCCACUAUUACACGAUCUGGAUAUCAUUCGAAACAGAAAUUGUUUUGAUUAUAUUGACUUUUAUGGAUGUGAAAAACUGGAUCAGAAUACACGCAAUUCCGUGCUCGCUGAUCAUGCAGUAAUUAAAAUUUUGUCUCGUCUGAUAUUUGUAAACACUGACCCAAAUGUUGUUCUUCCAAGCGUUCAUGUUUUUCGAUAUCCAGGAGAUGAAAUCCCAAAGUGGUUCAGCUAUCAAACUUGUGGGAGUUCAAUCAAUAACAUCAUGCUUCCUCCAUAUUGGAAUAAUGACGACUUCUUGGGUUUGGCUUUCUGCAAAGUUCUUCGUCAGAAUAAAAUUGACAAAAAUAUAUCCUUUGGUUUUAAUUGUGAACUGAAUUUCAAAACCAUCGAUGAUGAUCGCCUUUACAGAUAUCAUGAUUAUGCAGGGAGAUUGUCGGAAAAAAAGGCUGUUAGUUCAGAUCACGUGGUCCUAUGGUAUGUAGCCAAAUCGACAUUGCGAUCUUCAAAAUGGAAUAUGGAAUCUUGUAGAGAAUUGGAUAGACUAAAUUGGCCCUCGACUUGUAGCACUGAGGCCUCUUUCCAUAUUUGGCCCAGUCUCAACAACAAUGGAAAUAAGUAUUGCGAGAUUAAGAAGCUUGGGGUUCGGUUUGUAUACAAAGAAGACUUAGAGAGAUGUGAUGCAGAAACUGAAAGAAAGAAUAAGAGACGCUUCUAUGAAUAUUGUGAAUCAAGUGGAAGUGAAGCUGUUGGCUCCUGUGAGGAAGAAGUCAAUGAUGAAUCACAUUCUAAGAAACUCAAGUUUAUGUGA